UGUGCUGCAGGGUAAAGUUCUGCUGGUUCUGACAGUGUGCUGCAGGGUAAAGUUCUGGUUCUGCAGCAGGAGGACUGAUCGGAGCUGCAGCUGCUGGUGUUUUGGACUCAGAGACAACCUGAAGCUCUGCAGGGAUGAGGUGGUGGCUACUGGGGGCCGGUCUGGGUCUGCUGGUGGUUCUGACCGUCCCUGACGUUCAGGCCGGGAGGAGACCUCGAGACCAGGAGGGGGGGAGUCGCAGAGCAAAGAGGAAGAGGGACGGGCGGGGUUCCGGUCGGACCAGAGAGGGGCGCUCCAGACCUCUGAAGAUCAGACUGGUUCCGGGUCCAGUUCUUCCAGAGAUACCGGGACAAAACCAGGGACACUCCGGGGUCCUGAACUUUUUUCGGAACGUCCAUGAGCAACAAUCCAGCUACAGCAUUAUUCCAGGUAAGCCGGACCGCUGUGUGUACCGGGGUCUGACCAUGUUCGACCUGGCCGUCUGGUCUCCGACACCCUGUGUGACGUGUUUGUGUGCUGAGGGGCGGGUGGUCUGCGACGAGAUCUCCUGUCCCACAAUGCACUGCCUGUCCACGGCCACCCCCGCCGGGCGGUGCUGCCCCGUCUGCAUGGAUCCAGACCCGGAGCUCAGCCUCGACCUUUCUGGUGACUCUCCAGUUCCCAGUGACCCCAGCAAGGCGGUGGUCCCGCUGACCCAGGAGGAGAUCCAGAGAAUCCUUUGGAGGGAGGAGGAGGAGCACCGCGAGGAGGAGGAGCGCCUGAAGAAGAGGGACGAGGCAAGGAAGAAGAGAAGGAAGGAAAGGAAGGAGCAGGAAGAGAAACAGAGGAAGCUGGUGGAAGAAAAGAGGAGGGAGGAAGAGGAGGCGCUGAGGCUGCAGGUGCAAAAAGAGGAAGAGGAGUGGAGGAGACAGAUAGAGGAGGCAGAGGAGAGGAGACGGCAGGAGGAGGAAAGGAGGCUACAGGAGGAGGAAGAGCGGAGGGAGAGAGAGAGGGAAGAACGAGAGAAGGAAAGGAAAAUAGAGGAGGAAAGAAGGAGACAGGAGAGAGAAAAACUCCUGGAGGAAGAGGAGCAACAGAAGGAGGCAGAGGAAGAGGAGGAAGAGGU